AGUUGCUUUCUUGUUGAAAAGUCAAGGAAAUGGAAGUUGGUCGGAGGUUUGUAUGUUUCUUCUCUUCUACCAUUUGGUAUGAAAGCAAUUUUCAAUGCACAUACUACAUGGGAAUCCGUGUUGGGUCAUCCCAAUCCCUUUUAUCCACCAACUACUGCUUUUAUGUCAAUGCUUGCCAGUUACUUAGAAGAUGCCCUUACAGUCAAAGUAAAAACUAAUGGCAUUGAUGUUGGAGGAAAUAUAAUAAAACCUGAAAAUGGAAGCACUCAAGUGCACUUGUACCUGUCUGUCUUCACUCAAGCAGCAAAGGCAUAUUUCAUGGCUGAUGCUGUGGUAUCCUUUCUUGUGGAGAGGUUGGGUAACCUCCUGAUCGAGGAAACCACACUCUUAUGGGGUGUACGGGAUCAGCUGGUGAAUGAAGAGAAAUGCAGAGUUGUGUCUAUCAGUGGUAUAGGUGGUCUGGGAAAGACUACCAUGGCAAAGGCUGUUUACCAUCAUGGUGAUAUAAGGAGACAUUUUGAAGGGUUUGCUUGGGCAUAUGUGUUUCAGCAGUGCAAAAGAAGAGAUGUUUGGGAGGGGAUUUUGCUGAAACUUAUCACUCCAUCCAGGGAGGAGAGGGAGGAAAUUUUAAGAAUGAGAGAUGAUGAUUUGGCAAAGAAGCUUUAUAAAGUUCAAAAAGAAAAGAGGUGUUUGGUUGUGAUCGAUGAUAUUUGGAGCACUGAGGCAUGGUCUACUCUUAGUGCUACUUUUCCAAAUGAAACUGCUUCUGGUAGCAAAGUACUGCUUACAACACGCAACAAAAAAGUAGCUUUGAUCGCUGACCGAGAGGGAUUUGUUCAUGAACCAAACUGUUUGAAUGAAGAAAAGAGUUGGGAGUUAUUCCAAAGGAAGGCAUUUCCAAGGAGAGGCGAUUCAGAUGCUGACAAGAGGCAAGAUGAGCAUGCCAGUGUUCGGAAUUGGGUUUCAGGGAUAAGAGAUGCUACUUAUGACAUUGAGGAUGUUAUUGACAGUUUUGUGCUUAAAUUUGCACCUCGAAAUGGAAGAAGAAUCCAUAAUCCUAUCACCAAAGGCAUAGCACUUCACAACCUUGCCUCAAAAAUUGACAAGAUUAAAUCUCAAAUAAUUGAUCUCACCAGAAGCUUACAAACUUAUGGAAUAACUGCAAGAAAAGAAGAAGGAACUAGCUUAGCAUUUGAGAGGCAGAGAGUUGUGUCUAUCUGUGGUAUAGGUGGUCUGGGAAAGACUACCAUGGCAAAGGCUGUUUAUCAUCAUGGUGAUAUAAGGAGACAUUUUGAAGGGUUUGCUUGGGCAUAUGUGUCUCAGCAGUGCAAAAGAAGAGAUGUUUGGGAGGGGAUUUUGCUGAAACUUAUCACUCCAUCCAGGGAGGAGAGGGAGGAAAUUUUAAGAAUGAGAGAUGAUGAUUUGGCAAAGAAGCUUUAUAAAGUUCAGAAAGAAAAGAAGUGUUUGAUUGUUAUUGAUGAUAUUUGGAGCACUGAGGCAUGGUCUACUCUUAGCGCUGCUUUUCCGAAUGAAACUGCUUCUGGUAGCAAAAUACUGCUUACAACACGCAACAAAGAAGUAGCUUUGAUUUCUGACCGAGAGGGAUUGGUUCAUGAACCAAACUGUUUGAAUGAAGAAAAGAGUUGGGAGUUAUUCCAAAGGAAGGCAUUUCCAAGGAGAGGCGAUUCGGAUACAUGUUUUAACUUUUAUGAAUCUGGUGAUGUCAAUCUUGUAGCUGCAAAAGUGCUUGGGUACUUCGGGAUCCUGCUUGCUCACUCUGGUAGACCUGCAAAGCCCCGAGUAUUUCUGCACGUACGGAGUUACUGUAGAGUAGGAUCACAAGGGAUGAGCUCGAGGUUGGAUGAGCUCAUCUUUCCUCGUUGCCAAGAGCUCAAAAUGAAUGAAGAUAAGGAGAAGCGACGAGCGAGGGAGGGAAAUGGUUGGAAGCUGAGCCGGUUUACCUUUGGCGAUUGUUUUGCUCGGAGGGCUUUUGGCAACAAACGAAACAUUGAUUGAGUGGGACAUGGUGAACAGAAAUACCAGAUCAUAUUUGGCCAAAACUAAAGGCCAUGAACAAGCAAGAUUAUGAUGGGGAGAAAAGCCAAUUUGCAAAUUACAUUUCCAUUGCAUUUUUUUUUCUUUAUGUUUAACUUUACUGAUGUGAAUUCGUGCAGAAUUUCUUUUAGUGUUAUCCUUCGUUAGGAUCUUGCUUUUUCAUGUAUUUUCAUAAGAAAUUCAAAGAGAAGGCGAUGUCUAUGUUGUCUGUGAAAGUGAAGAUUCCAGUCUUCUAGUCUUUUAGGGCAUGUUUGGAGGCCGGACCUUACUUUGGGUUUGAUUAAAAAUUAGUCCUAAAC